AUGGUUAAUGGACGCAAAGAAUGUGAAUAUGAUCUCGAGAUACGGUAUCGGAAGGGGUCUGAAAAUUAUACAGCGGAUUACCUUUCUCGCCACGUAUAUGACCCGGAUCCGGUACAAGAUUUCAUGUGUCAUUAG